AACUGGCGCGAAAACUGCACGUGGGCCAAGUUUUCAGCUGGUAGCUUCACGAGGUGCAUUGUGGGCGAUUUCAUCUGCUCCGAGGAACCAAAAUGGCGUCAAGUUUGAUUGUGAGUUUGGCGGUUCUGGGCUGUUUGUCGGUGUUAGGCUGUGCAGGGGACGAUCAGAACAAGGGAAGGGGCUUUGGUGACAACUUUGCCUGGAAGGACUUUCAGAGUGGCUUGCAAGAAGCAAAAGAAACGAAAAAGCCUCUGUUGCUGCUGAUCCACAAGUCCUGGUGCGGAGCAUGUAAAGCCUUAAAGCCCAAAUUUGCUGCAAGUAAACAGAUCCAGGACCUGAGCAAGCACUUUGUCAUGGUUAAUGUGGAGGAUGAUGAGGAACCCCAUGGAGAAGAGUACACCCCCGAUGGAGGAUACAUUCCCAGGAUCCUAUUCAUGGACCCAGAGGGCAAAGUGAGGAGAGACAUUGUGAACAUAAACGGCAACCCCAGCUACCGCUACUACUACCCAGACCCCAUACAAGUGGUAGACUCCAUGAAACUGGCACUGGAGAAGAUUGCACCUGACACUCUCAACGCCCAGCAUCCGGAUGAACUCUGACCUCGCACAGGGGGCCCUGGGAUACAUAGGGAGAGCAUCAUGGGAUAUUUGCUUUGUUUUCCAUUGUCAUGAGGUUCCAAACACACAGCAGUAUGUACUGAACAUACUAGUACAUGGAUUUGCCUGUACAUAGCAGCACAUAGACUUUAUUGCUUCAGAAGGCCUCACCAAUUUGAUAACUUGUCUCUUAAGAUUGUUUAAAGAAAAAAAAACAAUGAUUGAAUGGGGGGGGGGAAUUAUGCCUUACAAGCUUUUGAUUUACUAAUAAAAUUCAUUGUCACCGUGACACUUUCAACAAAAUAUUGUGCAAGAAGAGCAGUAUUAUAUUACCUGGAAGUUCUAACAAACUGACCACUGUAGAAGACCUUUGUUUAAAAACAUUGAACCCACUUAAAACAUUGGGAGAAAGAAUACUAUUAAACUUUUUCCUCCUAAUGAUCCAUUUUGUACCAAAUUGGUACAGAUACAAGGGUAGGAAGUAAGUAAAGUGUUAAAAUCAUUGAUUUUCAACAUACUCGAACAAAAGGAAAAAAAAAACUAUCCUUAUAGGACAAUGUAGUAAGAUUGGUGUGGCUUUAGUCAUCUAUUGUGUUUCUUUGACAAAAGUGGCCUUGGUGAAAAUGGGGAAAGCACGGCUUGAAAUUGUGUGAUAACUUACUUGUGUAUUAGCAUGGCAUCAUUCCUGUAGUAACUACAUGUAAUAGAUCUGUUUUGUUUAAAAACAUGCCCAUUUGUGAAUGGUGACAUCUCUGGCAACUGUAGAGAAAAUGUAUAUAGUGCACAUAAAAUGAUAUUUGGUGCUUUACAAAUUAUGCAGCUGCAGUGCUUGAAUGUUAAUAGGAUUGACAAGACAACGGACAAGAUUUUUAUGCAAUGUAAACAAAGUAGAUGCUGUGAUCAGAGGUUUGAAGUCAGUCAACUAUUUCCCAUAGUUAAUCUGUGAUGAUAAGUGCUUUUCUGUUAACAGUGUAUUCCAGUAGUUUAUGCAGAAAAAAAAACUACCCAGUCCUUGUGUGAAAUUCAUUUUUCAUACUUAAGUGCAGUUUUGAUAGACAUAUUUUUAAUGAUCACACUGACCAGAAAACAACCUUUUCACCCAAGACAACUGUAUGUAACUUGAAAACUAUCUCAAAUCAUAUUGUAGUCCAGUACAAAUGCACAGGUUAGAAGUUCUAUUAAUUGUACAGGCACUUUCAAUAUGUAUUUGUUCAAAAUAUGAACAAAGAUAUGAAAACACAUUGCCAACAUUUCAUAACAUACUUCUUCAUACCAGCAGUGUACACUAUCAGCAUCUUUUGUUCAAGCUCCCAAUUUGUUGUAUUUCCAUAUUGACAUUGACAAUCUAGAAGUUCUUCUGAAAACAAGAACUGAACCAACUCUUCCAGUAGUAAACUUAAGCUUACGUUCCUCUAAUUUGUCCUUCAGCGCCGUUUUUACCUGAUUAGUGAACUAUAUAUUACCCUUUCUACUUCUAAUGUCUUUAUUGCCGGCCAGAUUGUGGACAAAUCACUACAAAAUGAAGACAAAUGCACACAGAUACAGCUGUAGUUCACCACGUAUCCACAGUAAAUAGAUCUAAAGCCUCAUCUGUCACUAUAUCACGUUAGCUGCGCAGUAUCUGUAUGAAAAUGUCAACCAAUUUGUGUUGGAUGCAUCAUUACAGGAAGAUAACAGAGUUAUUGGGUGACCUUUGGCUCCUAAAGAUGUACCUAUCGAGUGUCUGAUUUGCAUUGGGGUUUGAUUAUCGCUGAUUCUGUCGCAGAUUGACAAGAGUUCAAACUGUUUUGGUAUAAAUCAUUUCCUGUACACACAUUUGUAUUCAGACUGUGUACCUAUUAGAAUUCUGAGGUGUUCAUCAAUUAUAGUAGCGAUAUCUACUGCUUUUGUUAUGCAUUCUCCUACGCACAGAGUCCCAACACGUUUUGCGCCAUUGAACUCUCUGCGUAGGAGAAUUUUGUUAUGUAGAUUUAUAUUGUAAAAGAACACUAAAAAGAUUAUGUGCAAACCAAACAGCACCUACCUUUACAUGAUAUUUGUUCUUGAUUUUUUUUAGACUUAACAACUUGAAGAUAAUCAUUGAAUAAAGCAUUAAUGAUGCCAACACAUGAAGUUCUACUACUGCGUGCAGUUGUAUUAUGUAAUUGUGCUUUAUCCAUUGUGUAUUAUAAAAAUACUAUGUUUGGGCUAUGUCUGUUGUUUGAAGAAUUGGUGUUUGUUCAGUAUAGCCCUUAUGUGAGACCCACUAAUACCUGCACACUAUAAGCUUCUCUGUGUUUUGUCACACUUGCUUGGCAUGUUUUAUAGAUAAUAACAUGAUGGAUUGCUUAUGAGACUAUCAUGACAACUCAUAUGAUAAAUGAUGUUUUGUAUGUUUUAUGGCUUCUUAGAUAUCUUCUCAGAUAUUUUUGGACCUAUGGCAUUUUAUGAUGGGAAAUAAAAGAGAUUUUGAAAAACACA